AUGCUCCUCCGGUGUCCUCCUGCUCUCUGCUCCUCCGGUGUCCUCCUGCUCCUCUGCUCCUCCGGUGUCCUCCUGCUCUCUGCUCCUCCGGUGUCCUCCUGCUCUCUGCUCCUCCGGUGUCCUCCUGCUCUCUGCUCCUCCGGUGUCCUCCUGCUCUCUGCUCCUCCGGUGUCCUCCUGCUCUCUGCUCCUCCCGUGUCCUCCUGCUCUCUGCUCCUCCGGUGUCCUCCUGCUCUCUGCUCCUCCCGUGCCUCCUGCUCUCUGCUCCUCCCGUGUCCUCCUGCUCUCUGCUCCUCCGGUGUCCUCCUGCUCUCUGCUCCUCCGGUGUCCUCCUGCUCCCUGCUCCUCCGGUGUCCUCCUGCUCUCUGCUCCUCUGGUGUUUUCCUGCUCUCUGCUCCUCCGGUGUUUUCCUGCUCUCUGCUCCUCCGGUGUUUUCCUGCUCCAUGCUCCUCCGGUGUCCUCCUGCUCUCUGCUCCUCCGGUGUCCUCCUGCUCUCUGCUCCUCCGGUGUCCUCCUGCUCCUCUGCUCCUCCGGUGUUUUCCUGCUCCAUGCUCCUCCGGUGUCCUCCUGCUCUCUGCUCCUCCGGUGUCCUCCUGCUCCUCUGCUCCUCCGGUGUCCUCCUGCUAUCUGCUCCUCCGGUGUCCUCCUGCUCUCUGCUCCUCCGGUGUCCUCCUGCUCUCUGCUCCUCCGGUGUCCUCCUGCUCUCUGCUCCUCCGGUGUCCUCCUGCUCCUCUGCUCCUCCGGUGUCCUCCUGCUCUCUGCUCCUCCGGUGUCCUCCUGCUCUCUGCUCCUCCGGUGUCCUCCUGCUCUCUGCUCCUCCGGUGUCCUCCUGCUCUCUGCUCCUCCGGUGUCCUCCUGCUCUCUGCUCCUCCCGUGUCCUCCUGCUCUCUGCUCCUCCGGUGUCCUCCUGCUCUCUGCUCCUCCGGUGUCCUCCUGCUCCCUGCUCCUCCGGUGUCCUCCUGCUCUCUGCUCCUCCGGUGUCCUCCUGCUCCCUGCUCCUCUGGUGUUUUCCUGCUCUCUGCUCCUCCGGUGUCCUCCUGCUCUCUGCUCCUCCGGUGUCCUCCUGCUCUCUGCUCCUCCGGUGUCCUCCUGCUCUCUGCUCCUCCGGUGUCCUCCUGCUCUCUGCUCCUCCCGUGUCCUCCUGCUCUCUGCUCCUCCGGUGUCCUCCUGCUCUCUGCUCCUCCCGUGUCCUCCUGCUCUCUGCUCCUCCGGUGUCCUCCUGCUCUCUGCUCCUCCGGUGUCCUCCUGCUCUCUGCUCCUCUCCUAUCUAUCACCUAUCUUCUUCCUCAGUCCCUCCUCUCUCCUCCUCCUAUAUCUCUCAUCUCUCUCUCUUCUCUCCUCCUCAGUCUCUUUUCUCUGCUCCUCUUGUAUCUCUCAUCUCUACUCCUCUUCCUGCUACUUCCUCCUCCUUCUGUCUCUCAUCUCUUCUUUCUCAGUCUCCCCUCUCUACUCCUCCAUGACCUCAGCUCUUCUCUCCUCAGUCUCUCCUCCUCCUCAGUCUCUCCUCUUCCUCAGUCUCUCCUCCUCCUCAGUCUCUCCUCUCUCCUCCUCCUCAGUCUCUCCUCCUCCUCAGUCUCUCCUCUCUGCUCCUCAGUCUCUCCUCUCUCCUCCUCCUCAGUCUCUCCUCUUUCCUCCUCAGUCUCUCCUCUCUGCUCCUCAGUCUCUCCUCUCUCCUCCUCAGUCUCUCCUCCUCCUCAGUCUCUCCUCUCUCCUCCUCAGUCUCUCCUCCUCCUCAGUCUCUCCUCUCUGCUCCUCAGUCUCUCCUCUCUCCUCCUCCUCAGUCUCUCCUCUUUCCUCCUCAGUCUCUCCUCUCUGCUCCUCAGUCUCUCCUCUCUCCUCCUCCUCAGUCUCUCCUCUCUCCUCCUCAGUCUCUCCUCUCUGCUCCUCAGUCUCUCCUCUCUGCUCCUCAGUCUCUCCUCUCUCCUCCUCCUCAGUCUCUCCUCUCUCCUCCUCCUCAGUCUCUCCUCUUUCCUCCUCAGUCUCUCCUCUCUGCUCCUCAGUCUCUCCUCUCUCCUCCUCCUCAGUCUCUCCUCUCUCCUCCUCAGUCUCUCCUCUCUGCUCCUCAGUCUCUCCUCUCUGCUCCUCAGUCUCUCCUCUCUCCUCCUCCUCAGUCUCUCCUCUCUCCUCCUCCUCAGUCUCUCCUCUCUCCUCCUCCUCAGUCUCUCCUCUUUCCUCCUCAGUCUCUCCUCUCUGCUCCUCAGUCUCUCCUCUCUCCUCCUCAGUCUCUCCUCUCUGCUCCUCAGUCUCUCCUCUCUGCUCCUCAGUCUCUCCUCUCUCCUCCUCCUCAGUCUCUCCUCUCUCCUCCUCCUCAGUCUCUCCUCUUUCCUCCUCAGUCUCUCCUCUCUGCUCCUCAGUCUCUCCUCCUCCUCAGUCUCUCCUCUCUCCUCCUCAGUCUCUCCUCUCUGCUCCUCAGUCUCUCCUCUCUCCUCCUCCUCAGUCUCUCCUCUCUCCUCCUCCUCAGUCUCUCCUCUCUCCUCCUCCUCAGUCUCUCCUCUCUCCUCCUCCUCAGUCUCUCCUCUCUGCUCUCUUCAUGUGA